CGCAGCCACUGAGAGAAGAAGAAGGUCACCUCUAGAACAGUGAAGGUACGGUGUGUCAGUUUGUGACCAUAAAGUCAGAGCUAAGUUAGGUUACAUUCUCAUCUAGAUGUUGAGUGCAGAAGCAUCUGUGGGAAAACCUUUGCAUACUAAAAAUUCAUGUCAGUGCAAGGUAAAUGGAUUGUUGAGCUGAGAGUUUUGUAUUUGGUGGGUCAAACGUGAAGACCAAAACUCAGCAGAACUCUGGACAUGAGAAUUUGGGAGGUCCUACUUUAAACUGAAGGACACAUUUUGAUACCACACCAUUGAAAGUCAACAAGAGAUUGCAGCAAUACUGAGGGUCAUGAUGGAGAAACUCUCUGAAAAAGAUAAAGGUCUGAUCCGGGAUAGCUGGGAGAGCCUGGGGAAGAACAAGGUGCCACAUGGAAUUGUUAUGUUUAGGAGGUUAUUUGAGCUGGACCCUACACUGCUCACCCUCUUCAGCUACAGCACAAACUGUGGAGUUUUACCUGAAUGUCUAUCCAGCCCUGAGUUUCUUGACCAUGUCACCAAGGUAAUGUUGGUGAUUGAUGCAGCUGUGAGCCAUCUUGAUGACCUACAUACUUUGGAGGACUUCUUGUUGAACUUAGGCCGGAAGCACCAGACAGUUGGGGUCAAGAUCCAGUCCUUUACUGUGGUUGGAGAGUCCCUACUCUAUAUGCUUCAAUGCAGUUUGGGUCCAGCAUACACAGCACCACUGCGUCAGGCCUGGCUCAAUAUGUACAGCAGUGUGGUAUCAGCCAUGACCCGAGGCUGGGCCAAGAAUGGAGAACAUAAGUCCAACUGAGUAGGAGGUAGAAGAUUCACACUGAAAAACACCAUACUGUAUGUAACAUGAUUGCUAUAGAGGUCCACCAAAUGUAACUACACAAAAACUCCUUUGAAAGAGUGAGGGGCUUGUUAAUGGGACCGCCAAAGUUAAUAUCUGUUCAGUUGAGUUGAGUGUGUUGGCUACCUGAACAGUCUAAGCUUAGUUUGGUCUAACUGUAGUCUGAGAUUGUAGUUAUGGAUAACAAAGCAGUAAUGAGGUUGAUGGUCUGUAUGAUUUUUAAGAUAGGAAAAGUUCAGGACAGAUAGUUUAUGGUUUAAAUUUUAAAAGCAACAUUUGCUUUGUACAUAUAAUAAUGACUAAAUGUAUUUCCUCGAAUUAUCUUAAAUGACUGUUUAGAUGUAGUGAUAUUUCAUGUGAGCGUGCUAAAACAGAGGUUUGACUAUGCACCUGUGAGCUUGGUCAGCUUGAAAAAUAAGACCUAAAUAACACUUUUAAGAAUCAAUCUACCAGAAAAUAAGAUAAUUAAAACCAUCUAAAUUUCACUUUAAUUUUAAAUGACACAGGAAUGGUAUUAAUUCUUCUUUAAACUUGCUAUAAAUUCUUCUGUAAAUUAAUAAUUCGAUAAUCUACUGGUAGUUUAAGUUUAGUUGAAGUUUGUGAUGCUCAGUAAAUUACUUGAGCACAACCAUAGUAAUAUUUAAUAAUAUGACCCAAAUGGUAGUAUCAAAGACCGCUAAGUAUUUUUGAAAGACAAAUAAGCAAUCAGUAGCCAUAUAAUACAUUAUUGUAACCAUUUAUUUUUUUAUGCCAUCAAAAUGUUCUUGCCAAACUUUUUUUGACACCUUCUUGUACCAUUAUCAGUAUUUCUGGCGAUGAAAGUAAUUGACGAUAACUGUUACAUCCUAAAUAGCUUUUGGAAUUUUUAGACUGUUAAUUUAUCAACCGUGCCAUGUCAUACGUUUACAUUUCCAUUGUAUGGGAUUAUACUCUUAGCACUCUACUCAAAGGCUUACUUACAAAACACUUGUGUAGACUGUUACUUAACAUUAAGUGACUGUUAUAUCAUAUUAACUAGAUAUCUAUUCACAUAUUUAGAAUUGUAGAUAAUAAGUUUUUAUGUCAAAUGAUCUGCUUCAGUGGACAUAAAAUAAAAGUUUUUAUUAAAAUGUGGUUUAUCGCCUUUUUGCAGUUUUUGUUAGCAAUUAUUCUGAAUAUUUUAAAACAGUAAAUUGUAUUACUUUGCUUAUUAUUAUUAUUAUUAUUAUUAUUAUUAUUAUUAAAACCUCGUUAGUUAAGAGAAUACAGACUCUUAUCUCAAGAGAUAAGAACACUUGUCAUAAUUAUGAGCUAUAGAACAUUUUUAAAAUCUAUGAUAACCAUUUUGCUGCUAUUGUUUAAAAAAUUUAAAUAGAUUUCUCCAUUUGAGUGGUCCUGGCUAAGUAUCUCAAAAUGUGUAGAGGUAGCUGUGUGUGAUGUCAUCACAACCCUAUAUCUAAACUGCCAAUACAUUACAUGUCAUGUGUUUAUAUGACAAUACCUACUUUAGGUACUGUAUAUAGCCUUUUGUUUAUAUUUUGGUGUAUGUGGAUUUAUAAUUGUAUGUAUUGCUUAAUGGUGCUUAUGCAGUGUUGUGUGCCACUUAGAAUUCAAUUGAGAUACCUUUUAAAUUCCACUUCAGUUCUUGAAUUGAAUUUAAACUGAGGUAUUAGGAUGCAGAACUGUAAUUUGCUUUUGGAGAAGUAAAAAACUGAGUGAAAUUUAAAGAAAUUCAUAAACUACUGUACUGCAUAUGUGGAGUUUUAAGUAAAACAUUAAAUUUUUCAGUAUGAAUUACCCAUAAACAUGGUGAUGUUAAUAAUCAUUUAUUGAAAUGCCACCUAUAGAAAUGAGUAUUUAUGUAUUUUUGAUGAUAUGUAAUAAUGUAAAUGUAAUUUUAUGGACCAUAGUGGAAGAACACUUCAAUUCCCAGAAUGGUCUAUUUUACUCAAAAUGUUGAUGUCAGUAUUUAUUUUAUUAAGUUUACAUGAAAGCAAUGUGGUGGACAUUUUGUGAUACUGGAUGGCAAAAUCAGUUUUGAAGGUGGUCAAUAGGCUAACUGUUUUAACAGUAUUAAACUUAGUUUAGAGUAGAAUAGGCUAUCUGUACUGUAUAUCAGGGAAUAAAUAGGCAUAAUUAAUUAUGUAAUUAAUUAUAUUUAGUUACAAAACGGUCUUACUCUGUUGAAUUUAUUUGAAUUACAUUUCAGUAAAUUCCUCUCCUUGUCAUUUAAAUUCAAAUUCAACAUCUUGUGGAAUGUGGUCAAUUAAAUUCAAAUUUCAAUUUAUGAAUUAAAAGGGAACUAAAAACUUGGAAUUUUGCCCAAUCCUGGCCUAUGAUACUUUUUGUGUAAUAUAUAUAUCUAUAUAUAUAUAUAUAUAUACAAAAGUUUGGGGUCACUUGCCUGAAAUGUUUCUCAUGAUCUUAAAAACCUUUUGAUCUGAAGGCGUAUGCUUAAAUGUUUGAAAUUAGUUUUAUAGACAAAAAUAUAAUUGUGCCAACAUAUACAUUUAUUUAAUUACAAAACUAAAAUGUUAUUAAAAAAAAAAUAAAUAAAAAAAUAAAAAGACUUGGACCAAAUAAUUAAGAAAAGCAGCCACUAAGUGCCCAGCAUAUAGAUGGGAACUCCUUCAGUACUGUUUAAAAAGCAUCCCAGGGUGAUACCUCAAGAAGUUGAAGAUGCUAAAAUAUAACACAGUUUUGAUUUAUUUUGGAUUUCUUUAGUCACAACAUAAUUCCCAUAUUUCCAUUUCUAUGAUUCCAUAGUUUUGAUGACUUUACUAUUAUUCUAAAAUGUGAAAAUAAAAUAAAAUAAUAAUAAUAAUAAAAUUAAAUUAAAAUUACAAUAAAGAAUGAGUAAGUGACCCUAAACUUUUGAACGGUAGUGUAUAUAUAUAUAUAUAUAUAUAUAUAUAUUUCUCUCUAAGAGACUUUUUUCUCUUUUGCUGAAAAUGUACCACCUAAUGGCUUUCCAAUAACAUGUUUAUGGAAUGAUAAGCUUUAUAUAAUAAGCUGAUUAAUCUUAAACAUCUUUUACAAAGAUGCAAUGGUUACAACAUUUUCAAGUGAAAGUGUUUCCUUGUGAUAAUCUCUGUUUAUUGACCACUGAAGUUCUGUGUGUGUGCAGUGUUUGCCUCUGUGAUUUUUCUCUUGAUAUUCUGUAACUGAAGUGUCUCAAUGUCUACCUCACUGAAGCAGCUGCUACUACAGUAAACAGCGAUGUUAUGACCUGACUCCUCAGUAUAACCAAAAAAAGUGAUACACUGUACAUCCUGUUUCCUUAGCCAGUCAUCAAUCCUAUAAGUAUCAGGAUCAUUCAAACUCUAUGUCAGCAUAUGUGUUUGAAGCUUAUUUGUAAUAAAUUACAUAAAUAAAGAAAA